AUGCUCCUGCUCAUUACUCUCUCCCUCAUUCCCUUCUCUCCACCUUCCUUUCCCCUGCCUUCACAGGUCGCUACAGGCCCUGAGUCCCGUCAAGUGCUGGGCCCCUGCUCGCCAGCGCAGCAGCGCAACAUUGCUCUCUGCAUGCUGCUGUCGCUACAGGCCCUGAGUCCCGCCAAGUCCUUGGCCCCUGCUCGCCAGCGCAGCAGCGCAACAUCGCCCUCUGCGUGCUGCUGGGAGCAGUGCACUCCCGCUGCAUGCACCUGCUCACUAUUCUCCCCUCCCCACCCUCCAGGUUGCCACUGGUCCCGAGUCCCGGCAAGUCCUGGGCCCAUGCUCGCCAGCGCAGCAGCGCAACAUCUCCCUGUGCGUGCUCCUUGGGGCGGUACACACGCGCUGCGUGCAGCUGCUGACUACCUCCCCUUCUUUUCUACUCCCCUUAUGCUCUGCAGGUUGCAACAGGCCCUGAAUCCCGUCAAGUCCUCGCCCCCUGCUCGCCAGCGCAGCAGCGCAACAUCUCCCCCUGCGUGCUGCUGGGAGCGGUGCACUCCCGCUGCAUGCACCCCCUCACUGCUUUCCCCUUCACCCCGUUCCCCUUAUGCCUUCCAGGUCGCCACCGGUCCUGAAUCCCGCCAGGUCUUGGGCCCCUGCUCGCCAGCGCAGCAGCGCAACAUCGCCCUGUGCGUGCUGCUGGGAGCAGUGCACGCACGCUGCAUGCGGCUGCUGGCCCGCCUGCCAGAGGAGGCAGACGCCGUGAUGGAGGCGGGUGUGGGGUCCGUGCACGGCGUUGCAAUGGACGCGGUGGCUCCCCUCUUCAAGGCCAUGCGGGACCGCAUCGAAGCAUGUCUCCUCCAAAUCCACCAGCAAGACUUCGCCUCAGACGACCCCAACGCCCCUCCCGCCUCCACCACCCCGCCACCCCUCGGCGCUGCCUCAAGAAACCUCCCUUGCAAAGCGGUAAGCUCGAAUUAUGAGACCAUUUCUGUAUCGUCCAUAUUCUCGGCACCUCUGUCCGGUGCUGCUGCCUCGGGCCCUCUCUCCCCCUCCACAGCCCUCCCCCAGGCGACUGUCUCGGAGCCUGUUGCCCAGUCCCUUGCAAAGCGCCUGGCGUCCCGCACGCUCCUCUUCUUCGUGCGUCACGCCUCUCUCGUGCGGCCACUCUCAGAGGCGGGGCGGCUGAGGCUGGCGAGGGACAUGGGCGAGCUGGAGUUCGCCGUGGGGCAGCACCUCUUCCCCACACACGCCCUGGGCGCCUCUUACCGCGCCCUGCGUGCCUUCAGGCCACUGCUCUUCCUCGACCUGGAUAAAAUCCCCACCAGCUCGCUGCUGCAGGACCUCCCCCCAAGCGUGGUGCUUCACCACCUCUUCUCCCGCGCUCCCCCAGAGCUGCUCUCCCCCUUCACACGCAUUCAGCAGCCCCCAGCGCGCUACUUGCUCUGGCUGGACCAGCACUCGCAGCAGCAGGCGUGGCAGGGCAUCAAGGCACGCAUGUCCUGUGCGUUUUCUCCUUCUGUACGAAUUCGUCAGACCACUCACUCCCCGUCCCCCCGUCUCCCCUCUCUUCUCUCCCAACACACACAGGAUCUCCCACCAAGCGUCGUGCUGCACCACCUCUUCUCCCGCGCGCCCCCUGAGCUGCUCUCUCCCUUCACGCGCAUUCAGCAGCCCCCAGCGCGCUACUCGCUCUGGCUGGACCAGCACUCGCAGCAGCAGGCGUGGCAGGGCAAGAGCAGCAGACAGAGCAGCACAUACGCACGUCACACCCACUUCUCCUGUGCUCUUUUCUCAUUCUGCAGGAAUUUAUCAGUCCGCUCACUCCCAUUUCCCUCUCUUGCUUCACCCCCUCCCCCUCACAACCCCACACAGGACCUCCCUCCAAGCGUCGUGCUGCACCACCUCUUCUCCCGCGCUCCCCCUGAGCUGCUCUCUCCCUUCACGCGCAUCCAGCAGCCCCCAGCGCGCUACUCCCUCUGGCUGGACCAGCACUCGCAGCAGCAGGCGUGGCAGGGCAUCAAGGCGUCCUUAGACGAUUACGUGGGCAGUGUGAAGGCAAGGGGUGGGAAGGAGUUCCACCCGGUGUAUUCGGUGAUGUUGCAGCUGGGACAGACGUUGCUGGCAGGAGGGAACGAGGGCUAG